AUGAAGAGCGUCUUUCUUUUCUUGGCGAUUCUUGUUGUUGCCACAACUGGAGAGUACCUUCAGUUGUAUACUGAAUCGGACGAUGAGCCGUUCACUGCAACAUCGAACUUCUCGAUUCCGAAGUUUGAAAGCGUCAUGAAUCAUAGAAGCUACGCCUAUGUUUCCGCUGGUCUGAUCAUUCUGCUGUUUGUUGGACUCAUCUAUUGCCAUAUCCUCUCCGUCCGCAAGACACGCCUUCUGGAGCAGUAUGAGCAACGAAGCACGCUUCCCGAGUGGUCUCCACUCCUCAACAAAAACAUUCGUCCACCGCCGCCGUAUGAGCAAGUUGUCUGA